AUGUCGUGUGAUCUCAAUAACCCAACGGUGGGCGCCAUGACCGCCGCUGCAGCACCAAAGCGGAUGACGCUCAAGGAAGCAAUCGACCAGGACGGGGUGCCGACCACGCCUAGCUUGAAGCAGCGGCGGCUGAUGGACAUUCACGUCACAGCGUACCCGGGUUUAAUUAACGAGCGCAUGCUUCCAAAGCAUAACACCGCUGUCAAUGACUUCUCCUCGAUUGAUCCACUGCAGUACCGCAAGGCACACACGGUGCACAGCAACAACGUCACCAGCCACAGCAAAAAGGAGGAAAACGUGCUGGGCAUGCUCACCACCAACCAGUUCGCCAACCGCAUGACCCUCCUCGGCAUGCAGCUUCGGGAGGAGCGGGCGAAGAACCCUAAGGAUGCGCUGACGAUCAGCAAACUAGCGCCACGUGGCUACCACAGCCGCUUUCUCGCCCCGAGCUUCGACGAGCGGUCCACCUAUCGGUGGGACUACUGCCAGUGGGAGCCGGACAGCUUCCACGACACGGUGCGCCGCGAGCGUCUCGCCACGUACCGCGAUGAGUGGACUGAAAACGAGAAGGCGGAUGUGACCAUGUCCAUGAAGGUUCCUUACUUGACAAUGGCGGUGUCCUCGGAGCAACUCAAGGACAAGGCUACGAUCUACCGCAAGGACUUCAUGGAAGACGCGACCCAAGCCGAGUACCGCUCGCUGUCCUACAAGACCAACCUCGGAGACCUCGGUACCUCGUAUGCUUACUCCGCCUACUCCGUCGACGACCCGCGCCGAAAGAUAUGCUUUGAUGCGUCCAUCGCCGCCUUCAAGACGCCACACAGUGUGUUGGAAAAGACAUUCAGUCCGCGCAGCUCCUUCCUUGAGAAGAGCGCGUCAGCCAAGCAGAAGUCCUCAGCACGUGAGGAGCUGGACCACCUGCGUACGAUGCGGCGGGAGAUGACACGCCUGUCCGCAGCGAAACACACCGCCGCUGAGUUGACCAACCGCGAAACGGCAACGAAACCAGUGGUGAUUCCCGGCAUCAAGGGCUCUGGCUACCGUCGCGCGCCAAAGGGCAACGACUCGUACGUGUAUCUUCCACGUGAUCACUUCUCCUACCAACAUGUGGACAAUUUCUAA